AUGGAUUUUAGACGCGCACAACGAAAUUUGAAUCUUUUGUUGGUAGAUGGGAACCCAGAUAAUUCAUUAUUUAGUGAAAAUGACAACCCAGACAGAUUUGAUUCUAGUCCUAUAAAAUCGUUUAAUGAUACACAAGUGCCUGAUUUUGAUUUGAUAUCCUCUGAUACAGAUAUUAAACACCCCAUCACUACCAUAUCUCAAGAGAUUACAGAGAACAAAGAGAUAUCUCGAACUGUGAUAAUGGAGGAUAAUAUGGAAGUAAAUAUUAACAGAGAAAAUGAACCUAACAGCAAUACUCUUGGUGUUAGUGAAUCUACUAAGAAUAAAACAUUGAAAAAUUAUGAUAAUGACAACAAAGAUAAUAUUAGUGAUAAUAAUAACAAUAAUUAUUCCAACCAAAUAUUUUUAAACACACAAAUACAGAGUAGACUGGAUGAAGCCAACAAAGAAAUGGAAAUAAAAUCUCAGCUUAAUCAAUUCAAGUAUACCCAAGAGGAAUCUCAACUUAUGGGAUCACCACUUAUCCUAAAAAAACUAAACAGUAAUACAAACCCACACUUAAAGCAAGAUAAAAAAAUAAGAAAAACUAGUUCACAACCUUCUCGAAGAUCUCAUUUAAUGGAGAUGCUAUCAGGAAAGAAUAAGAAAGUGAGAGAUAUUCUUAAAAAUCAUAAUGAAAAAACAAAAGCCAAAUCAAAAACUUCUACAAAGAAAAACAAGAAAAUUGUUUACGAUAUUUAUAACGAAGAAGAAUGGACUGUUUUAAAACAACUUCUCUUAGAAAAAUUCCCUGAAAAUACUAAUGAGGAUAUAAAUGAAAUAUUUAAUUAUGCAUAUGGUGAUAGUGAAUCGCAAAUUGAAGAAAAUAUGGAACGAAACUCCGUUGAUAUGUGGAGUGCAUCACAACAAUCUUUAUAUAUAUCUCCAAAAAUAAGUCAAGAUUCACACUUCCCAACACAGGGCAAUAAUGAUGAAAAACUUAAACUUCUUUCUUUAUCACAAGUAAUGGAAAAUACUAGUGUAACAGAUAUUAAUCAACUCAACGAUACAGAUAACAAUACCGAUGAAAAAAAAGAAGAUAUAAAUUUACUUAAUAGUGACUGUGAAAUCUUGGAAGGAAAUGUUGUAACAAGUUAUAGGAAAAAUCAACCUUUAAUAAUUGAUUCUGAUAAUUCUAUAAAAGAUACCGAUUAUAAGCUAAAUAAAGAAAGCAUCGAAAAAGACUUCAUGGAGGAAAACAAUGCGAAAAUAAUAAUAAAUGAUAAUAGAAGAAUGGGACAUAAUCCUGCAGAUAGACUAACUAAUAACAAAGAUCAUAUAGUAAUAUAUGAUAGCAUGGAAGAAGAAGAAGAAACAAUAAAUAGAAUACAUAUAGAAGAUGAAACCAAAUUUAAAAAACAAAGAAUAUAUUAUUCUUCACAGAAUGCGUCAGAAAUUUUGAAGAUUAAAACUACUUCAGGUUUAGGUUCUAUUCCUUUAUUACCAUUUGAUCCAAUUUCCCCUGAGAAGAAGAAUUCAAUGAUAAAUUUGACUCAAGGAUCAUUCAAGGUGACUAGUGAAUUAGUAUCUCCAAUUAAAUCUAUCCCAUCUGAAUCAAGUACUACUAAGGAAUUACUAAUUGAGCAACAAGUCCAAGUCCCCGCUACCAGAACAACGACUUUUAAUGAUAUUCAAGAAAUAGAAAAAGCUAAAUAUAGUGAAUAUGUUCCAGAUAUAAUAUUAAAAAUACAUAAAGAGCAAUUAAACAAUUUAAUUGAAACACAGGAUUAUUUUAAAAUUAAAAAUGUUGUACGCAUGAAUGAGACUGACCAUAUAGUAUAUGAUUCUUAUGGUGAAGAGGAAAAUAACGGAGGUAUGAUAACUACGCCGGAGAAUGAUAUGAUUGUGACAUUGGAAUCAAGAACUAAAAGAAAAACACCACCAGCCUUAAUUAUAUCUCCAAUAAAAAGUUCUUUAAAGACACAUGAGAUAGACUUGUUUGAAGUCCAUAAGGAUAUACAAUCUGAACUAUGGGAAAGUCAAUCAGUUAAAGAUAUUAGACUUAAUAUCCAUCAGAUAGGAUUAAAGACAUCUCGCAAAAAAGCAGAAAUGAUUGAAUCAUUAAAAUUAGCAUCGCAAGUACUACAAUCACAAGGUGUUUUGGAUAUUACAUCCCAAGACCAAACGUCCAAAGAUGAUAUAUUUAAGUAUUUGUCAUUAUUGGCUAAGCAGUUUCCUUCUUCAAUUCUUGAGAAGUUUUAUACAUUUCAAGCAAUUCCAAUAACCGAAGUAAUUGAGAAUUUUAAUCUGAUAAACCCAUUUGUAGAUCGUAUAGAGGAGCAAACAAUUAAAGAAUGGGCUGAAUCAAAUGGAAUAAUUCUUUGCCAAUAA